GCCCCAUCCCCCGCGAAACCACCGCCCCUCUCCCUUGUCGACAGCCUCUCCCUCGGCUCUCUCCACCCCUCGUGCUCUCCGCCCUGCUCGCCAGCAGCCCUUCCCCUCCCGCUCCAUCCGGGUCGCUGACGGCUGUCUCUCGGUCCGGAGAGUGCUGGCGGCAGCGUUUCCUCCUCCGAGGAACCUGGGAAAGUUUCACGGGAGAGCGAGCGAGUGAGCGAGCCGGGCAGCAGAGCCAGCUGAGCGGCGCCUGGGAUUCUCCCGAAGGAGGAGUCGUGGUCAUCGCCGCGGCCGACUGGAAGAGGAAGAAGAUCUCGGGAGCCGGAGAGCCGUCCGUCCAGAGGUCCGGGGGAGCGGCCGCCCUCCAUCGCCUAGGGCUCUCCCUGCCCUGAGGGACCCGAUAAGAACUUCAGUUUUCUGUUGAUGUGGAGACAUAGGGUGCCUCCAAGUUUCCAGUGUUUCAGAAGGGACUUUUAUAUUGAAACUGGAAGACCAAAGUCUUUACAAGCAUGUUGUGCUGGGGAAAUGCAUCCUAUGGACAACUAGGUUUGGGUGGAAUCGAUGAAGAGAUUGUACUAGAGCCCAGAAAAAGUGACUUUUUUGUAAAUAAAAAGGUCCGAGAUGUUGGCUGUGGACUCAGACAUACUGUAUUUGUUCUUGAUGAUGGAACUGUGUACACGUGUGGAUGUAAUGAUCUGGGACAGCUUGGUCACGAAAAAUCCAGAAAGAAACCAGAGCAGGUUGUUGCCCUGGAUGCCCAAAAUAUCGUAGCUGUUUCAUGUGGAGAAGCUCAUACCGUAGCACUUAAUGACAAGGGCCAGAUGUUUGCUUGGGGUCUUGACUCUGAUGGACAACUUGGCCUACUAGGAUCAGAGGAAUGUAUCAGAGUACCCAGAAAUAUUAAAAGUCUUUCGGAUAUCCAAAUAGUACAGGUUGCAUGUGGUUACUAUCAUUCACUUGCACUUUCUAAAGCAAGUGAAGUUUUUUGUUGGGGACAGAAUAAAUAUGGCCAACUGGGUCUAGGCAUUGACUGUAAAAAGCAAACUUCACCACAGCUGAUCAAGUCUUUACUUGGAAUUCCGUUCAUGCAAGUUGCAGCAGGAGGAGCCCAUAGUUUUGUACUCACCCUUUCUGGGGCUAUCUUUGGAUGGGGACGUAACAAAUUUGGUCAGCUAGGUCUUAAUGAUGAAAAUGAUAGGUAUGUUCCUAAUUUACUAAAGUCACUAAGAUCUCAGAAAAUAGUUUAUAUUUGUUGCGGAGAAGAUCAUACUGCUGCAUUAACCAAGGAAGGUGGAGUGUUUACCUUUGGAGCCGGAGGGUAUGGCCAGUUGGGUCAUAAUUCUACCAGUCAUGAAAUAAACCCAAGGAAAGUUUUUGAACUUAUGGGAAGCAUUGUUACUCAGAUUGCUUGUGGAAGGCAGCAUACCUCUGCAUUUGUUCCUUCUUCAGGACGAAUUUACUCCUUUGGUCUUGGUGGUAAUGGGCAGUUGGGAACUGGUUCAACAAGCAACAGAAAAAGUCCUUUCACUGUAAAAGGAAAUUGGUUUUCUUAUAAUGGGCAGUGUCCACAAGAUAUUGAUUCUGAAGACUAUUUCUGUGUCAAAAGAAUUUUCUCAGGUGGCGAUCAAAGCUUUUCACAUUACACUAGUCCUCAGAGCUGUGGCCCAGCAGAUGACUUCAGAUGCCCUGACCCUUCAAAGCAGAUCUGGACAGUGAAUGAAGCUCUGAUUCAGAAAUGGCUCAGCUACCCUUCUGGAAGGUUUCCUGUGGAGAUAGCCAAUGAGAUAGAUGGAACAUUUUCUUCAUCUGGUUGCCUAAAUGGAAGUUUUUUAGCUGUUAGCAAUGAUGAUCACUAUAGAACAGGUACCAGAUUUUCAGGGGUUGAUAUGAAUGCUGCUCGACUCUUAUUCCACAAACUCAUACAGCCUGACCAUCCUCAGAUAUCUCAGCAGGUGGCAGCUAGUUUGGAAAAGAAUCUUAUCCCUAAACUGACUAGCUCCUUACCUGAUGUUGAAGCCUUGAGGUUUUAUCUUACUCUACCUGAAUGUCCCCUGAUGAGUGACUCCAACAAUUUCACAACAAUAGCAAUUCCCUUUGGGACAGCUCUUGUGAACCUAGAAAAAGCACCACUGAAAGUCCUCGAAAACUGGUGGUCAAUACUUGAACCUCCACUAUUCCUCAAGAUAGUAGAACUUUUUAAGGAAGUUGUGGUACAUCUUUUGAAACUCUACAAGAUCGGCAUUCCCCCUUCUGAAAGAAGAAUUUUCAACAGUUUUCUUCAUACCGCAUUAAAGGUUUUAGAAAUAUUACAUAGGGAUGUCAGCCAUGGAUUAACUGAGUUGGCAGAUAUCCCUGUGACAAUUUGUACAUAUCCAUUUGUAUUUGAUGCCCAAGCAAAAACUACUCUGUUACAAACAGAUGCAGUCUUACAGAUGCAGAUGGCUAUUGACCAGGCCCACAGACAGAAUGUCUCCUCUCUUUUUCUUCCGGUGAUUGAGUCUGUGAAUCCCUGCUUAAUUCUAGUGGUUCGCAGAGAGAAUAUUGUAGGGGAUGCAAUGGAAGUCCUCAGGAAAACCAAGAACAUAGAUUACAAAAAGCCACUCAAAGUUAUAUUUGUUGGAGAAGAUGCUGUUGAUGCAGGAGGUGUACGCAAAGAGUUUUUCUUGCUCAUCAUGAGGGAAUUAUUGGAUCCUAAAUAUGGCAUGUUUCGGUAUUACGAAGAUUCCAGGCUCAUUUGGUUUUCAGAUAAGACAUUUGAAGACAGUGAUUUGUUCCAUUUAAUUGGUGUUAUCUGUGGAUUAGCAAUUUAUAACUUUACUAUUGUGGACCUCCAUUUUCCUUUGGCUUUAUAUAAGAAACUACUGAAACGGAAGCCAUCCCUGGAUGAUCUUAAAGAGUUGAUGCCUGAUGUUGGGAGAAGCAUGCAGCAGUUGCUGGACUAUCCAGAAGAUGACAUAGAGGAAACAUUUUGUCUGAAUUUCACAAUCACAGUUGAAAACUUUGGUGCAACAGAAGUGAAAGAGCUGGUUCUGAAUGGUGCAGACACAGCUGUGAACAAACAAAAUCGGCAAGAGUUCGUCGAUGCCUAUGUGGAUUACAUAUUCAAUAAAUCAGUGGCGUCUUUAUUUGACGCUUUCCAUGCAGGCUUUCAUAAGGUCUGUGGAGGAAAAGUUCUUCUGCUUUUUCAGCCUAAUGAAUUACAAGCUAUGGUUAUUGGGAAUACAAACUAUGACUGGAAAGAACUGGAGAAGAAUACCGAAUACAAAGGGGAGUAUUGGGCAGAACAUCCCACGAUCAAAAUUUUUUGGGAAGUGUUUCAUGAAUUACCACUGGAAAAGAAGAAACAAUUUCUAUUAUUUUUGACAGGUAGUGAUCGCAUUCCCAUUCUUGGUAUGAAGAGUCUGAAACUAGUCAUCCAGUCAACAGGAGGUGGUGAGAGCUAUCUCCCGGUUUCCCAUACCUGUUUUAAUCUUUUAGAUCUCCCAAAAUAUACAGAAAAAGAAACUCUACGAUGUAAACUGAUUCAAGCUAUUGAUCACAAUGAAGGCUUCAGUUUAAUAUAACCUUGGAGUUCUGACUGUUCUGUUUAGUGCAAAGGUAUCAAACCACUUGUCUUUUUCUUGUGAAUUCAGCAUAGUGAGAAGCAUUUGCAAUUCUUACUUGCAAAUUGUUCACUACUGUAUUGAUGAAAGCCAAAUAUUAAAGAAAAAUUGAGCAACUGUUAAUACUAAACUUACUGUACAUAACCAUGAAUUGUCCCCAUCCUCAUAAACAUACAAGUAUUGUGAAUACAUUAAAGUUUUACUAACAGGAAUUUUAAGAGUUUGCAUAUUUCAGAAAUGACCUGAUGUGUGAGUGCAUGUUGCUUAAUGUUUCUUCAAUCACUGGGUAAAAAACAAAAAACAAAAAAAAAAAAACGUUUAACUAUGGCCUGCCUUUAGUCAUUUAUUUUUCCAUUUUGUAAAUAAAAGUUUUGUAAUAAAAUAGUAACAUUCAGAUACCAGUAGUUUCUAUGGUUGUAAUUGAACUGAGCUGAAUUUUAAGGGUUAAAAAUUAUGAUUGUCUGACUCUAUAAAAGCAUGGUGGAAACAAGUCUUUUUGCUACAUUAUAUGUCCCUGCAGACCUAAAUUUUAAGUAUUAACUUGUAGCUCAUCCCUCUGAGUCCUGAGAUAUGCUGGCUGGUGGGGUUGUUGAAAUGUGUUGGCAGUAAAAGUUGCCAAAAACAGAGCCAGUGGCCACAGAGAACCAAUCACAAAGUUACAGCUUUAAAACUACAGAUGCUCAAGUAUUUAUUCUCAGUGCUUUAGAAAGUCUUAAUGGUGCUGUUUAGUUAUCUGUUAGUAAGUUGUGAAACUGAGUUGAUGCAAUGCAUGUAACUCUGCUAGCUACAAUGCAAAUAUUUAUUUUUUAAAUUUAAAAAAUGCCUUGAAAAGCUUAAAUAAAGACUUUAAUAGCUUAAUAUUUCAA